AACAGGUUUUGUUUCCAAAUUACUUCAACAACAAGAUGCGCAGCGUGGCUUUUUAAAUAAAGUUUUCUAAUUAAUUAAAGUAAUGAAAGUCUACUAAGAAAUCAGUAAUGAAAGUGGAUUAUUCUUUUCUUAUCGCUACACAGUUAUUCUCAGAACUAAUUUCCAGGGAGGAAGAUUUGUAUGCAUGCUGAGUAGGCAACCUGUCAAAUAAUAAUCUCUCACAAAUUUUUUGUAAACCAGACCAAGAUGUAAACAUGGAACCCAUUUGUGAGUGCCCUAUUGUGAUAUCAGACCAUCUAUCGAAUUCGAGAGCCUUACUAAGUCGUGAUUGAUAUGCUCUUAUGCUGAUAAAUGUUCAUACAUGUGGGUGGAUGAAAUAGAUAUUUGAUGGCACAUGGUUGAAGAGGUUAAACACAUGUAAAUACUGAAUAGCAAACAAGUAAAAAUCAGGCAAUUGCUGAGUUUGAAAUCAUACUUUCUUCUUUUUCUACGCUUAGGAUUUCAAUCCAGGCCUAUAAUACAACUGCCAUGCAACCUGAGACAGAGCAGCAAGGUCUGCAGCCUCUCAUGUAGCAGCUGACUUGGUUCACAACACAUCAGAAGCCUGAUGACCCGUUCCUAGCUCUCUCAAUCCGACACAUGUCACGUCUGAACAACAUCAAUGCCAAGUGUCAUUCAAGUAAUGGAACUCUGGCCUUUAUAUAACGAACAACAACCUAAUUGGAGGAAGAGAUGCAAGAAGAAGAGAGCAGUUUGUUUUGUGUGCAAGAGAAAGUAGCAGCAGAAGCAACUGAAGGUCCCAUUUUCUGUCUGUAGUUAUUCUUUGGAAAAGAAGAAGAAGAAGAUGGCUUCGCAGCAGAUGUUCAAGUCCGGGCAAGCUCGCGGAGAGGGCCAGGCCAAGGCCGAUCAGAUGAUGGAUUCGGCGCAGAGCGCCGCCGAUGCUGCCAGGUCCAAGGCAUCACGGGCUGCACAAUCCGCUCAGCAAAGCAAGGAACAUGCCGGAGGCAUGCUCCAACAGACCGGGGAGCAGGUGAUGAACAUGGCACAAGGUGCAAUGGACAGCGUGAAGAACACCCUCGGAAUAGGAGACAAGAAGUCUUGAAGGAAGCAAUGGAAGUGUUCAAGCCCUCUCUUUCUCCUCCCUCUUUGUUUCUAGGAUUUGCUCAUUAGAAUGUAGAGUAAUUAGAAGGGACUAUGACUCUACUUGUCACCUCUCUCUACUGCUGUUAUUUUCUUUGCUGCAUCCUUGUCUAUGGGGAUUGGAGGGUAUUCUAUGUUAUGGUGCAUUCUGCAGCUUUCCUAUGUGCUAUUUCGAAGAUUAUUUUGCAAGAUGGAAUAAAGCAACUGCAUUAUGAGAUGCCAUAGUUUGCUAAUCAAUUGUCUUUUGCAUUUUUUUAAUAUCUAUUUUGUUUUGUCGCAAAAAAAAAAAUAUAUAUCUGUGAUUAUUAGAUAUUUCUGUCCUUCAAAGAACAAAUUAUAGCGAGGGUGAUAGGUAUAAGCAUAUGGAAGUCCC